AUGGGACUCUCCCCGCGCUGCAGGAGCCCCUGGGCUGGGGUGUCCGCGCUGCUGUACGGAGCCAGCCUGGUGCUGGUGUGGUCCAGCUGCACCCUGGUGAGGCUGAAUCCGGGCCGGCGGGCGCUGAAGGGCGCGCGGUGCGGUGCGUUUGACGAGCCCUGCGAGGAGGACAGCGAGUGCUGCCGCGUCUGCUACCAGGGCUUCUGCGGUUGCUUGCCAAACGGCGACUUCUGCAAUGAGCAUGACGACUGCUGCUCGCGCUUGUGCAUGUCAUCUGAUGGCAUUGGUCCCAAGUGGUGCAUGUGCAUUCCGGAGAAUCUGGGCUGCACUGCAGACGCCGAGUGCUGCGUGUACUUGGGUUUGAAAUGCCAGGGAGGCAUUUGCGUCAAGACCGCAUGA